UUUCCCAUUUCCUCACUAGAUGGUGUGCGAGCCACUGGAGAGUCGACUUCCUCCCGCGGUCAGGUUCCGAUCAAAACAAAUCGGGGAAACUACACGGAACGCCGUUUCACGGGGUUUUCGCGGAGGAUUAUUGUAUUUUCAUCCAGAUAUAUUUUUAUUUUUGAUAACGGGAGGAUCGUGCUCCAUUCGGCGGUGAUGGACAUAAUGAUUGCAGUGCAGGAUGCGUGCGUCUCCGGUCAAUGGCUCACCGCUAUAAUUCUUAGUCUUUGCUGCUUUUUACCAUCGUGCUUGCCCGCUGGACAAACUGUGGACUAUGCGUCCAGCGAGAGUGUGGUCAGCAGACAGGGAGACACCGCGCUGCUCAGAUGCUACCUGUUGGAUGGGAUCUCAAAAGGAGCAUGGUUGAAUCGUUCCAGUAUCAUUUACGCAGGGAAUGACAAGUGGUCAGGGGAUCCUCGCGUGUCCAUCGUAUCAAAUGUGGGGGAUAAACAUGAAUACAGCUUACAGAUACAGAAAGUGGAUGUAACGGACGAGGGCUUGUACACCUGCUCGAUACAAAGUGAACGUAAUCUACGCCCAAAACUCAUUCAGUUAAUUGUAAAAGUUCCUCCCAAAAUCUAUGACAUUUCAUCGGACAUUACGGUAAACGAAGGCAGCAAUGUUUCAUUCAUCUGUUCAGCCAGUGGGAAACCAGAGCCCAAAAUCUCUUGGAGACACAUCUCCCCAUCAGCCAGGAAGUACGAAAGCGGGGAGUAUUUAAAUAUCACAGGCAUCACUCGGGAUCAAGCUGGGGACUAUGAGUGCGGCGCCGAAAAUGACAUCGCUUCACCCGACACCAAGACCGUGAGAGUAACAGUCAACUUUCCUCCAGCAAUCCAUGAGAUGAGAAGUCACGGGGUCCGACCCGGUCAGAUUGCCCUGCUGAGAUGUGAGGCAGCAGCUGUCCCCUCUCCAGUCUUUGAGUGGUACAAGGGAGAGAAAAGGAUUAACAUGGGCCAAGGAAUAGACAUCAAGAACCUCAGCUCCAGAUCAGUUCUCACAGUGAAGAACAUGACACAGGAUCGCUAUGGCAACUACACCUGUGUGGCCGUCAACAGGUUGGGAACAGCCAACGCCAGUGUGCCUCUGAUUCGAGGGUUGGAUUAUGUGUAUUCAGAAAGAAGCAAUACAUACGCACCCAACACCGCUCCAUAUGGAAGUACAGGAGGCGCUGAAGUCCUGCUGGCCUGCCGGUACCUGAUCCUGGCUCUCUCUUCUCUCGUCAGCGUUUACUAGCCCUGGGGACGGCCAUACACAAUGACUGUAAAGAACCCUUUUGAGCAUUUACAGAUCCUUUGACAUUGCUGAUGGCUGGAUCCAAUCUGGUACAGUGUGUUUGGAAAGCAGCGAGGGAUUUUAAUCAGCAUUUCUUAUGUUGGGAUGGUAAUUUUCUUCUGUGGUGUUUGUCAUCAUGUAAAUACAUAUGGUUUUAGGGGGUUGGUUUUCUUUCUCUUGUCUUAUUUUCUAUUAUUUUCUUAUUUUCUUUUCCUGAUUUCCCACUUUGUGAAUCAGCACACAUUGUCCCCUUCGAAUGCUCACAAAUUAGCCGAAAUCACGCUUUGGAAAAGUAAGGGUGUGUGACGUUAGUGUCUUUGUUAUUGAAAAAGGAAAGACGCCCUAGUGUGUGUCACCUUGCGCUCCGUGCUACGUUUUUUGCCGAGCUCAUUUAAAUCCAGUGAACCAAGAAACACUGUUUAAGAUUUCACAAAGGGAGAGAUAUUGAAAUUGAUAUCAAACGUAAUACAGUCAAAGGCCAAGUGAACAAUAGAAGAGCAGCUUUAGUUUAAUAUGCUAAUGCGCGUGUUUUUUCCAUUGACGGUGAAAUAUGAUUAUUCAUUUUCUAGACCAAAACUACAGCCAUACCUCAAAGGUUUAGAACUCUGGGCUAUAGACCCCAAUUGCAUUUAACUGAAUUAUGCAGUGUACGAUCAUAAACCUUUCUAGUUAUUCUAGAAAUACAUGAAUUAGUUGUUUUACUGCAGGAAAAAAAAUCUAAACCUAGAUUGCACUGGAGAUUCAAAUAUGUAAUCGUAUGAGAUACAUUUGCCUCUUGUAAAACUAUUUGUGAGUGAGCCUAAUUGUAAAAUUAAAAUGAGCCUCUUGAAGUGGUCAAAAGGAUAUAAAACAGCAAAGCAGAGUUACAGAGCUGUCCUUUUCGCCCUGGGGGUCUUUAAAAUGAGAGCUCCAAUGUGAAAAAGGAAUAGAGAAAAUGUCUGUGUUGCAUUUGAUGUUAUAUUUAAUAAGAUAUCAAAAUAAAAAUAGCACAUAAAAGACAUUCAUUAGUUGGCAGCAUGCAAAAUAUUGUAACAGACCAAUCCAAAGUAAAAAGUAGAGGAAAGGUGGGUCAUAUUUGAUGUGCACUUUGAUUAAAUGAGGAAAUUAUGAACAGUGUCUACUGGAACUUAUCUGACGAUCAUUCAAAUCAUUAUUGGCUUUUUUUCUUUAAUUUUAUGGAGUAUGUUUUAUGGUUGUAAUCAUUUGAACAGGAUUUUUAUAAUGUAUUAACAUAUUACCUGCUUUGCUUCUGUCAGUGUGAAAUAGUUUUGAAUAGGGAAGCAGAAAAAAAGAAUAUGCACUUCCCUUGUGGGGACAAUAUGAAACUUUCAAGUGUGGAUCCAAACGUGUGAAUGAAUAUUAUUUCAAAAUACGUAUGCAGUAUGGCAUAGUUUACAAUGUUGUCUUUCAUUUUAGAUGCCACAACUGUUGUUGAUUCUUGUCAAACGAGUAGAAGUUGGAAAAAAGAACCGUUUGUAAUCAAAUAAUCUACUUUUAACUCAGAGGGUGUGAACCAGUCAUACGGUAUAAUAGAAAACGAGUCACGUGUGUGUAUAUUCGAAGAAAGUAGAAUUCAUUUUAUCUUAUUGGUAGAGCCAGUGUCUAGGUUUAGUUUAACCUCUACCCUAGUUCCCACACACUUGUUGUAUAUUAAGAUGUGCAGAAAUUAUAAAUGUGCUGCAUGUCAAAUUAAUAUGUAUGUUAAGGUGGCCACUUACCAUAAAUCGAUAAUUUGAGAACAAAACCAGUUUUGAGGCUGCUUUGACUUAAUGAAAUGUGUUCCACACUACUGAACAUCACUAGGCCUGUCUGUUGAGCUAAGAUGAAAUGUUCUUUUCAUGUGAAAGUCAUCACAGAAUCGUUUCCGCUCAGUGUGCAAUACUGGGUCCUUUCCUAUAGACUGUACUUAUGCUAUUUGGUUAACGCGUGACGAAUUUAGAUUCUUUUUAUAUAUUAUUUAUGCACAACGUACAUUUUCAAUGACAGGAAGUGUCUGAAUAUUUCACUUACAACAGAUAUAUUCUGACGAAGAAUCAGUCACAGAAUCAUAUAGGUCUCACCUGUAUGUCCCUUUGCUUAUUACAGACCUGAAAGCCUCAGAGAUCAAACCGAGGGAAGUUUAAAUAUUCAUCGCUGUGAGGGCCUGGCUUUCGCCGUUGUGAUAUAAAAAGUAACAUUGCACUUGCUUAUCAUUACCACAAACCUCCAUAAUCGCAGAUUAACACCAAUAGCUUUGGCAGUUACAGUAAAUACGCUGCAUUUCAAUAUUCUGAGUCCACUCUAGAAGCAAGUACUGUAUAAAAUGUGCCUUUAAAAGUAUUAAUUGAUAUGAUCUGUUGCCAUUCCAUGUCAAAUGCCAUGUCUAAGCCUCAUGCAUUUGCCAUUCAUAGCUAGCAUACCAGACGAAUCAGUGUUGCGUAGUAUUUCUGGCUUCUAAUUAAUAGCUGAUAAAAGGGCAAUUAAAAAAAUGUUUAAAAACGUCUGCCAAUUUUGAGUUCUGUAAAGAAAUAAAAGUAGCACAUGCUCUUUUAAUAAAUAUUGUGAAUGAAACCAUAACAAAGAGCUCAUUAAAGCAUCAUUAAAACUGCGUAAGUGGAUAUCAAGAUAAAAAAAACAGACAAGAGCAUUCAUGCAUGCAUAAUUCUCCUGAAAGUUACAGCCUUUCAAAAGAGUCUGUAAAUAACAGGCAAAUGUGCUGCAAAUUUUCACUCUGAGCAUCUAAUGACUUGAUAAUCACAUUCCUGGACAUGCAUUAAUAUUCAAUGACGAGUUUCGAAAUUUCUCACGUCAGCCAAGCGACAGAUAUCCAGAAUUUGCAUGGUGCCAGUGGUCACGAAAACCCAAAAGGCCGGUGCUAUUUUCGAAUGGGUUCAAAUUACUGCAAGCAGCACAUGUUGUGGCCCGAGGAGACCCCUUGGGUUCCAGCACCUUCCCGGAGUCCUCGCCAUGUGGUAUGAGGUAGCAAAUUCGGUACUUUUUUUUCUCGAAAUCCUAUGAGCACAUAUCGGUACAAAAAAGUCUUCGGUGGAUGUGUAACCACACGUGUACGGUCCGAAAAACCCAAACAUUUAAGAUACUUCAUCUCCUAUCUCGAGCGAAGCUGCUGGCGAGACAGAAUGAGGGUGGGAGGCGGUAUUUCAAUGAUUAAAAACCUGUCAGCUCCAUCUCUAUCUUGGCCAGACUCUUUUAAAAGUCGGUUUGAGAGUGCUGUGUGUGCGGCCAGGGGAGGUGAUUCUUCUGACCUGGCAGUUAAUAAAAUUCUUCCUGUGCCUUUGUCAGUUUCUGGAGGAUGAUUUUGUGGAGUGCUGGAGGGUGCUGCAUUAACCAGCUGUGAGCGCUCACUCUCUCAGCAGCACUCUGGCAGGGCUGACAGUAAUCUACAUAAACCUCUGUCCUUUUCAAAAUGCUUGGCAGUAAUUGCAGUUUUGCAGUAUUCUAAUUGACUCCACGGCGCACCGUAAAGAACAAAAACCUAUAAUCCUUCGUGACGCCCAUUUGGUUUGCGGCUAUUGUGUUAAACCUUCGAAUGAUACGAAACUGAUGACAAAUGAAGCAGCCGCCAUGACUGUACUUAGGCGGUAGAAACAUCCAUUGGCAAAAUAUUUGUCUGGAUAAUAAAGUAGCUGCCAAAAUGAGAAUGAGUGAAUUCUAAAGCUUUUUUUGUUCCUCGCCAUCAAGUUUUUGUCGGCCCCCUCGCUCGUUAUUUUCACUGAGCUGAAAAACAAGUUAGCCCAGCACUGAUGCAGUGGUUUUGAUAAUGCUAAGGUUUUAGCAGAGCCGCCUUUCGCUGAGCUCUGUUUGAAACCGCCGAUUGUGUCUCAUCAGGAGAAGUGUUUUAUGUGAAAAGCAAGGGAUCAAUUUUGGUUACGCAAGUCCAUGGUUUUCAAAAAACACACCGUUCUCUUUUAUUCACCGUUAUCGUCUCAUUAGAUGUUAGUUGGCCUGGUAAUUGUUGCUAGCUGUUUUGAAUGGCAUGGGCAAUUUGUGUUGGCACCGUUCAUAUCUUAAGCAGUUAUUUUGUGAAGUGGAAUAAGUCCACCAGUGAAACCACCCGUCUGCUACUGAGUAAUUGAGCACAGAGGACACUCGCCAGAACGAUCCAAAUUUACACUAAUGCUUUGGAAACCAUUUGGUGAGCUUUGGUUACUUUUGUAUAUACAUGUUUAUUUGAUUUUGGUACCUUUUAUUUUGUUUCGUUCAGUUUGGUGACUAAGUAAAAUGGACAUUGUAACCAUAUUGGGAUGGCUGUACUUUUAUUUCCUCAACUAUUGAAGCUGACAUUUCUGUGAUGAGAAAUUUGAAAUGG